AUGGGCAAACUCCGAGGCCCUUGGGCCUAUACGUUCCUUCCAAUACUUGUUGCUCUUUUCUUAUCUAUCAUUGUAAAUUUCUCAGUUGCUCAACAAGAUGCAACUUGCAGUUCACUUGAGCCCUGCAAAGUCGGCUGCUGUAGUUCUUCAGGAAAAUGCGGAUUUGGCGACGAGUUCUGCUUAACAGGGUGCCAGGGUACCUGCAAUGCGACUGCAGAAUGUGGACAGUAUGCCACCAAAGACAACUUCGAGUGUCCCUUAAACGUCUGCUGCAGUAAACACGGCUUUUGUGGAUUCGAUUCAGAACACUGUACUAGUGAAUGCCAGAACAAAGACAAAGGGGAAUGCGGACCAAUCAGUCGGCCUAGUAAAUGCAGCGAAAGUACAGAAGCGAUGGACGCCGAAGUCCGCAUAGGUUACUAUGGAGCUUGGAGCGCUGAGCGUUCCUGUGACUCAAUGCAACCAGAAAACAUACCCGCUGGUGUAUUGACACACAUCAACGUAGCCUUCGAGUUCAUCUCAGCUGAUCAUGAAAUCACCGACGAGGUUGGUCACAUUACAGGCCGAGUCGCUCGUUUGAAAAACAUCUAUCCUGGCUUGCGAGUAAACAUUGCUAUUGGUGGUUGGGUCUUCAAUGAUCCACCCACAGAGACCCGCUUUUCCGAUAUGGCAUCUAGUGUGCCGAAUCGCCAGAAAUUCAUCAAAUCUCUCAUCCGGUAUAUGCAGAAGUAUUCGUUAGACGGUGUAGACUUGGACUGGGAAUAUCCAGUAGCACCUGACCGGGGCGGAUUCCCCAGUGAUUAUUCUAAUCUCGUUCUGCUGUGCGCCGAAAUCAGAGACGCUUUCGACUCAUACGAUCCUGGGUGGCAAUUGACAUUAACUCUUCCUGCCAGUCUCUGGUAUCUGAAACAUUUCGAUAUUGUCCGCCUUGAGAAAUAUGUAGAAUGGUUCAACGUCAUGACGUAUGACAUCCACGGCAUCUGGGAUCAACACAACAUUUGGACUGGGCCUUACUUGAAAGGCCAUACAAACAUUACCGAGAUCGAAGAUGGUCUGGAUCUAUUGUGGAGAAAUGGUAUCAACUCUAAAAAGGUUGUCAUGGGCUUCGGCUUCUACGGUAGAGGUUUUACCAUGCAGAGCCCAUCUUGCUCAACACCUCCAACAUGUCAGUUUUCCGGACCGGGCUUCGCCGGUGACUGUACAAAUGAGCCGGGUAUUCUCUCAUACAACGAGGUGUUGUCACACCAAGGCGAUUUAAGCACCAGCGUGAAAUACGACGAAGCUUCUUCUGUCAAAUGGAUGACCUACGGAUCCAACCAAUGGGUUUCGUUUGAUGAUGCUGAAUCCUUUCAAGCAAAGGUGAAGUACAUGUAUUCGCGAUGCCUCAAGGGUCUGAUGAUAUGGGACCUCGGUCUCGACUCAGCUAAUUACGACGCAUUGAUCGGAUUGUUUGGCCAAGAAGCCGUCUCUGAAGGCCUGCAAGACAGCUCGCUCAAUCCAGACGAGGAGAAACGAUUGGUAGAAGAUCUUGCUGCGUACACGGGUCAGAAUUGUUACAACACUUAUGCCUGUACGGACGAAAAAUCUGGUAGUAAGAUCUGCAAGGCAGGCUUCUCCUCCGUGGCAAUCGGCCACGCGAUGCCUCCCAAUCUCGACGACGGAUCCCACUCUAUUCUUUGUCCUAAAGGCAAGUUUCAACACGUGUGCUGCCCUACUAAAGCCAUGCCAAAGAAUUGCGAAUGGAUUGGUGCUCCGGAGCGCAACGUUUUCGGGUGCAGUGGUGAAUGUGGCAAGUCGCAAUUCGAACUAAACCAGGACACCUACAUUGAUCCAUUGGGAAAGGCAGCAUGUGUCUCUGGCACCCGUAAGCUUUGUUGCGACUCUACCCCCAUCGUACAGAAAUGCCACUGGACUGGAUGCGACUGGACCGAGGACGACAAUGGACACUGUUCAUCUGAUGAAGUUAGCGUCGCGACACGGUAUGAUCAAGAUGAUGGAGACCUCUGCAAGGUUCAAACGGGCAUGGGCAACGGUGGUUCAGGUGGAACCACGACACAUCGGAAUUUCAGAUCCUUUUGUUGCCCUAAAGACGACCCUCUCGAGAACUGCAAGUGGUCCAAUGAUCCUGAUUACUUUAUGGGGAAAUAUCAGUCUCCAUCUCCCGCAUGCAAGAAUGGCCAAACAAGCGAUUACUGCAAAGAAAAUGGCAUUUGCAGCAGCAAGCAUUGCUUCGAAGGGCGUUUGAUGGUAACAAAGGCGCAAACCACACCGCCAAAUAUCGAAGCAAAGAGCCUUGUUUGUGACGCAGACGUCAUGGAUAACGCACUCUGUUGCUCACCUCCAUCGCGAUUGACCAAGGAUUGGCCAGUGAACCCAGCCUAUCUUUGGAGUAACGCAUACGACGAUAAGGACGACGACGUCACUUGGCAAUGGUCCAACAACUUUGGAAACAAUAACAAGGACACAAACCCGAACAACCUUGAAGUCGACCAUGGCGACGACCCGUACGGAUUUGUCAUGCUAGACGGGCCGCCUGGGUCAAUUGCCAAACAGUUCGGCAAGCAAUUUACCUUUUUGACUGAAGAGGAACCGAAGAAGAUAGUCCCUCGGUCAUUUGUCACGACCAACCAGUCUGUCAUCGAUGCCACAUUCGAUCACAUUGAGGAAAGCCAUUUAAUAUUUUGUAAUCACCCGCACGACUCACAGCAGUGCAAAGAGAUCUUCCACAAAGGCGCCACCGAUACUAUCAUCAAACUUCCAAAUCACAUCGGAGAGGGUCCAUAUGCUAGAGUUGUGUCUAUGACGCCUGAGUCUUCGCCGCCAAGUCUGCCAGCAUGGGCUAUACGCAAACGAGACACAAGUGGUAUCCCUAGAAAUGGCAUCUACAGGUUAACGUUCGACUACAACUUUGCUGCUAUCAAGAGAGCAGAUGACGAGAAAGUUCUCAUGCGCGUAGAUUAUACCAACCUGAAAGAUUACUGGGACACUGUUACCGAUGAACCCACGAAACGGAAGAAACGCUCAGCUUCUGACCACAUGGACUACAGUAGUUGGAGAGAUCGAGUUGACAAGGCCAAAAAUUCUUCCUACAUCAACAGACACGACGAGUUCCACGUUGCAACGGAAGGCAAAGCCGACUUCAGUCCUGAGGGUCUACCGCCAGCGGGUACACGGUCCGCCGACCUAGCUGAUUCUAAUCACGUUGAACGUCGGUGGUGGGGUACCUUUACCAACUGGCUGAACAAGCUUAAUACUCUCACAAAAGAGGAUGCUGGGUUCCUCCCCAUGAGUCUCUCGAAGAUGUUCAAUAUCUACUCGGGUCGUCUGCAAUGCGCAAACGACGCCGGAGUCACCAUCACAGCUGGUCUCGACAUAACAGCGGAGGUCCGAAUGGAAAUGGGUGCACGGUACGCAUACUACUUCUCGGGCACAAUUGUGCCACCGAGCUUCAUCGACACUUACGUCUUUCUGGGAGCGCAGCCCAGCAUCUACGCUGGUGUUGAUAUCCGAGGCAAUGCUGAGCUUGGAUACGAGAGCGAAAGGAAGAAGCUAAUUUCGACGAUCACAUACCCUGGUCUAUCGAUCAAGGGUAUUGCAACUGUUGGACCGUCACUCGAUCUGUGGGGUCAGCUUGCGGGCAGUAUUACGGUUUCUGGGAACAUGAAGGUUGGGGCCAAGUAUACCAUGGAUCCCAUUGAGAUGUAUAUGCCGAAUGACGACAACACGCGACAAAAGGCAAGCAGCAAGAUGGAGAAGUUCGAUAAGGAUGAUAAAGGUCUUUCGCCCGUCUUCCAAGCGGGUGUCAAAGCGACUGUGGGUGUUGAGUUGCGCAUCACCCCCGAGAUAAACUGCGGUAUCAAGGUCGGCGGCGACAUCGGACUGCUCAAAGAGCCUCUCGUUCAAGCGCAGGUCGCUGUGUAUACAAACACAACGCUCUACUUCGAAGCCCACGCCACUGCUGAUACGGAUGGCAAAACCAGUAAUUGGGAGUAUGGGUACAAAGUCGAGCUGCAUUGGCGUGUUGGCAUGAAUGCUGUGGCAGCAAUCUAUCUUUACGGCUCUUGGAAGUCUGGAGAAUUUGAGGCUGUAGCCUGGCAGAACAUCCCCAUCUAUGGUCCCAUCGUAGUCAAGUCUGGACCAUCGAUCAGCGCUCGUGAUACAAACUCGACAAACCCGUGGGACCUGUCCGACGAACCGCUACCCAACGUUAUGUUUGGUGUCAAAGAUCUUGUCUACUUGUACGACCUGCCUUCUCCCGAAGACUCGAUCAUGCUCUCCGCGAAUCUGUACAAUCAUACAGAUCUGGAUUUGCCUCCUUUUUCGAACCUCAGUGUACGGACGAUCGAAGGAUCAGAUCACUUCGUGCGUUUACUUCAUUCACGCGCCGAUGGGAAAGAGCAAGAGUUUAUGCUUGGUGACUUCAAAUGUACUACCGGCGGCUCACCAUGCUCAGCUAACCUUCCCAACACAUCUAAAUUCCGACCCCGUGGACACGGACAUUCCUUCUCACCCAGCCACGACCAUAGUCUUGCCGUGCGAGCUAUUCCGGAACUACGGAAACGCGUUCCAACCGACUGCCCAAACACACUACCACGAUUGUAUUACAACUGCGCGUCUAUAGGAUUCUCUAAUGUCAAUCUUCAAGGGCCUGUCGGUAACGCCGUGCUUCCAGGUAUUUGUACCAGUGUAAGACGGUAUCUCACGGCCCAUGGCAUCAACACAGAUCAGUUUCCGUUACAUUGGGAUCCUAGCUACAACGACGACCGUCGACGCGAGACAUGCAGUGAGGCACGAAGCCCUUGCAGCGGCGCCACAGGCGAAAACGCGCGUUUCAAAGCUGCAACCGGUAUCAAUACUGCACUUGUCACUUGCGAUGAGUUUCCGUUCGCUUCUUCCGAAGAAGGAGGGUGGGGUUGGCAGUAUGCCCUUAGAGACAACGCUUUGAACCCAACGAACCCACUGGGGACGACAAGGACCUGCGCCCCAACCUGGCAGCAGAAUUUGCAGGGAAACUGCAACAGGCUCCUGAGUGGCGUGGCGACAAACGUAGCGUACUUUAACGAGUUCGGAAAACCUACCGAAGACAAACCAUCCUACGUCCCCUGGGACGCGGUGGGGUGGAACCGAGCUAAGUCUUUCACAGAGCACGGUGACCCCGGCCGCCAGCGCCUCACAACUUAUGCAGACACUCGGCCGUACCUUCGCCACGGAGAGAACAUCGGGGACGACAAAAAGGAUUGGUAUCACAAGAGGAACUUCACCCUAUUUCUUGUCAACGCCAACGCAAACAACGUCAAUCUUCCCGGAAGUAACUUCGCCAAUGGCUUAAUCACAGGCACUAGGCCUGCAACCACAGUCGUGGCAGGCUCGGCUUGGAUCAUGUGCGCUGUUUCGCUCCGCGGGCAACAGCGCUUCAAAUUCAAGAAGGGGACCAACAUCAACGGAUACUGCUGGGAUGGCACGACUCAACAGGCAGUAGCCGGUGGCCAUUUCCAGCGCAGUAAAUAUUUUGGAUGCAGGAUCGAUUUCGUGGGCGCAACAUUUCAGAACGCGCCCUCAAAGAGAGCUGAGCCGAUCGGUUACUUUCACGAUGAGGCUGUGUACGGAGUUGAGCGGGUGGAUGAUGUGGAACCGAUUGUGGUAGAUGUACCGAUUGCUGAGGCUAUAUUACCGGAUAGCAGGUUUAGUUUUCCUCUUUCUUGA